AUGCUUGUUGAAGAAAUCAUCCUUUGUAAUCCGUCCAAUUCGCCUAAGUCGCGGGCUCGCUCUGGAAGUAAAACGACAACGUCGAUCCCCGGGAGAGCCAGUCACUCGACCUCUUCAUUCGAUAUCGCAGCAUGUUCUCCGACAAGAAAAGGACUUCAAGGAACUAUCGACCCCAUCAUCCUAGGCGAUGACACUUCCAGCCGGGCAGUCAGGACAAUAACACUGACCGACGAGGAAGUGCCACCGAUCAAAGAGGAACAUCCCAUAACCUCAAUAAACAUACCGACCUCGUUAUCACUCACGCCUAACCAAGAACAAGAGGAGAAGUCAUCAGGCGGACGUCACUUGGAGAACCUCGACGAUGACACUCCCAGCUCGGCAGCUCGGACGAUAACGCUACGAGAAGCUAAACGAAAGAACCAGACGGCUCUGGACGUACACAACGACGCAACCAACCAAACGCCAUUUGCGCCAUCUUGCAAAGUGAAAGUAACAGCACCCGCUGGAGCUAGGCGAACUGAAGAAAAGCCAAACUCUCCUCAACAGCGAAAUUCACAUCGUCACUCAAAACGUCGGAGAUCUCGUUCCAACGCCAUCCCACUAAAACGAAGAAAACGAUGCCACUUAGCAUAACGUCACGUCGGACGAACGAACUGACAAGAACUAGGGCAGACAUUGAGCAUCGUCUUUUCGAUAAUUGUAUCAACGAACUCGACCGUCAAAACUCGAUCGUACCACAAACUCUUGCGUUGAGAUAAGUAAAAUUUUC